CUUCUGGACGUUCUUUCAGCACCACGUAGUAAGGGCAGUUAAUCAGCGCUGCUCUGAAUGAACCAGCGAGGAAAAAUAGAGCUGUUCCAUUUGCUUUUUACAAUAAGAAAUGGCGAAUGCGAUUGAUCGUAACGAACUACAGGUAGUCAAGGAAUUAAGAGGAGGAGGGCUUUUGUAUCCUAAAAACAUACCUGGAGAUCGUGGUAAUGCUGCUCUGAUUACACAGAUUCUAUUUAUCAUUCUAUUUAUCGCGUUGUGUGCUUACUUUGCAUCGAGGAACCGAGAUUUAAAUGAGUGCAUUAAAUACUGUGUUUACUGCACCUCGAGCAACAUACUCUUGAUCUCACUGUGCAAUUUCUUGAUAAGAAUCGCGAACCUCUUCGAAGAGUUACGUCAUGUUCAUGCAAGAUACGGUGACAAAAUCUCAAAAGUCUUCGCAGUUGCCCUGGAAUACAACACAUUAUGUAUAAUUAUCAUCGCUGUGUGCAUCUCGUGUUUGAUUGCUAUGAGAAUGGAAGUCAAAAAUCCGUUCAAUUAUCUUUGGAGCUACGGUCCAGAAGCGUACAUCUGCUCAUUGCUUUCCACUCUGAUCAUACUACGCCUGGUUAAUAUUGACGAAAGCAGACUAGAUACAACUUUGAAACUUUCACAAAUGAAAGGUUUGGAUUAUGGAAGCAGUAUGGCAUACAGCUACUUCUAUGGAUAUUUGAACAUUGUUCUUCCUUCAGUUGGGGAUGAAAGCAAAGGCUUAUAUGAGAACAUUAAGGUAUACGAAAGUAUUAAUGGAGUAGAGGUACCAGUGAAAAAACUUUUCAUUUUAAUUCCUACCUCGCUUCACAUUCCUCCAAAUCUUGAAGAAGCUAGCUACUACUGGAUGGAAAGUGCUAAGAAACUCGAAUCGGUUGUUAGAACGCGAGCCGGUGUAGUUCAUCGCACGUAUCACAAUACUGUCUACAAGAUCCAUCCAAGCGGACAAAGAAAAAACAACAGUAAGGUGUACGUAAUAACUGAAGGUGCAACUCCUUUGCUGACGUUUUACGAAGUUCUGGAACAUUCUGAUAAGGAUUCGUCCUCUUACAAGGAAUUCAAGAAAGAAAUCGCGGGAUCUUUCUACAGAACCCUGCGGCACAUCAUCAAAAGUAAACCGGAAUGCCGCGAUUUGUGCGAAUUGAUUUAUUACGAAGAUUAUGAUUGUGAUGGCAAAAAAGUGAACAUUGCAGAGAUCCUGCUUGAGAAAAUCGGAGAACAGACUACCCUAGCUUUAGAUUACGGAGAGUAAAAAGAAAGUAAAGAAUGCCUAAUGUUGUUUUACGGUAGAAUUUUGUCAUAUGAUAAUACUAUUGUGAAAGAACUCUUGACAAGUUUCUAGGAGACCUGACACUGGCACAUUAACCGUUAGGUUGCUGGUAAACAAAAUGUGAUAAUACAAAAGAUGCCAAAAAGCAUGCAUAUAUACAUAAGGUAUAUCCAUUCUAUAAAAAGCUUCUUUCAAUGCGGCUUAAAGUUUGAGAUUAAAAUACUUACUUGAAACAAAAGUGUUGAGAAUUUUAGUCUAAUCGUAAUCGAGUUUUGAGAAGUUUUUAAUCGUGUUAUACAUUUGUGAUAGAUUUAUCUAAGUAUUUUUUACUCCUUAUUCCUAAAUUUUUUAAAACCAUUAACUAUUCCAAAAAAUUUUUUUUUGUUAAUUAUGAAAAUCAAUAUAUCAAAUUAUUAAGAGUACUAUUAUGCCUAACCAGUACCGAGACGGUUAAAUCAUGACAUGCUGAGCUUUGACAGUUUUGUAAAAUUAAAUGAUGAUGAUAGCUGAGUGUAAAAUUCAAAAAUUUUAAUUAACUGUGAUUUGACUUCGUGCCAGAUUGACUCUGCACUUAUUUGUAAGCGAUAUUUACGUCCAUUACAUCGUGUUAUGCGUUCGAAAGUAGGCCUAUUUGGUCUGUUUUAAAGAUUGACUGUGUUUCAAUGGCACUGUGUGUCCAAUGUGAUGUAAUAUAUAAUAUAAUAUUCGAUGUUGUAUCUUUUUUUAUAUUUCUUUUUCAAGCUCUACGUACUGUCAAACUUUGAUUUAAGUUCAGCCUUACAGUGGCGAAGCGGAAACUAAUUACAAGGAUCUGAAAAUUAAUCUACUUACCGUUAAGUUUGUACUGUAAUUUCGACAGUAGAAAGAAGACAUUCGUGAGAAAAAUCGUUUCAUCCCGAACAACUAACAUAAAUCUGGAUUAUUCUCACAGAUACGCAUCCAGCCACAUAAAAUACUGUUCUUGAGAGAUUACCGUAAUUUCAAUC